UUUUUUUUUUUUUUUUUUUUUUAAAUGAAAGGAGCAUUUUUUUUCUGGUCACAGUUAAGUUGUGGACCAUAAAACCCAAAUACGAAUGAAAGAUACGAUAAAGCUGAGGGGACCUGCAUAGUCGGGACAUUAUCAGCUGUGUGUUUAUAGGAUCAUGUCAAUCCGGGCUGUGUCUUAUCACAUUGGCUCCUCUCCUUAGACACUAACAAUUUCACACCCCAAGAUAAUUCAGUCACCAUUCUUAAUCUUUUACACCCCACGGCCCCCAAAUAAGGGGGCAAAUUAGGGGACUCUGGAAAGAUAAUGAUAAAAUAAUAUCAUGAUGUUUCACAUCAAAUUAAACAGCAGAACGUAAGCUACAGUAAUUUGUAAGCCGUUUUCAAAUGCUACAAAAACAACUCACAAUAGUAAAAAUAAGAACUCAAGUAUCAUAUUCAUAAUUUAUGAAAGAGAUAAUCAUAUGAAAGAGAUAAUCAACAUAUAAGUGUUUUUUACAAGGCGAACCUGUAACUUUUUUAAUUUGUGCUGUGUGCCAUCUUCAUUUAAUCUUAACCAGUAACAUAGGCUGAUAUUUACACAUCUGGAGUAUUCUCACAAGUGUUUACUAUUAUUAUGACACCAACAUUAUUCAAAUAGCCCUUGUGGUAGAGGAGAUACACCCUUUUUCAGUUUGGGUAUGUUUUAUGUGCAGAAUCCUAAAGAAAUAGGCUGGGGUGGUAUGCUGAUCAUGAAAGCAUAAGGGAAGAAAUGCCUCGAAUGCUUAUAAACUUGGUUUAUAUAAAUAUAAAUGUUGAAGACAUUUAUCCUCACAGUAGCUGCAUGCUUUACAUGCUGGAAUAACACUAUUGUGAUCUUUUAAGUAUAAAUACUUAACAUUGCACUUUACUCUUUAAAAAAUAAAAUGUAUCCCCUCCGAGAACAAAACAUUAUUUUCUUCCGUGUCUUGAAGAUGAAAGUUUGACCUGAAUGCAGGUUUGAAGGAGCAGUCAGAACUAAACUGGUUUAGCAACUCUUUAGUGUUUCUGUCUUUUGUCUUUGUUCAUAUGUUCCACAUAUCGGGAUGACAUACCACCUCAGACAUUGUAAAUACGUCAGUCUAUUUGGGUUAAGUGGACUCUGUGACGCCCUCUUUAGUUCAGAUUCGUAGUUUCAUUUCAUGAGAAAUGAAACUCACCCUCAGCAUAUAAAGCCUGCCCAGUCGUCCAGAGUCCAGUAGACAGAGAGAUGGGGCUGUUAACGUUCGUGGCUUUGGGAGGAGGAGCAGUGGUUGGUUUGGUCGGGGCUCCUAUUGUUCUGGGGGCCGUAGGUUUCACCUCAGUUGGGAUAGCAGCAGGCUCCUAUGCUGCGAGCAUGAUGUCGGCUGCUGCUGUCGCUAACGGGGGAGUAGGGACCGCCGGAAGCACAGUGGCUGUUUUGCAGGCAAUGGGUGCAGCUGGUUUGACAGCAGCUGCCAAUGUGGCUGCAGCCACCACGGGAGCAGGCGUCGGAGGAGCUGCGUUAGGACUGGCUGCACUUAUUUGAAAAUCAUGAAGGAUCAAUUUACAUUUUUAAGCACUUUUCUUCUUCAACUUAUGCCAAUUAGGAGGCAAUUGGAAAUUACACCACUACCUUUACAGCACUUGUGUAAUCUCGGACAAUUUAAAUGUUUUGUUCAAUAAAUCUGCGUAACAUCA